AUGCAACAAACACGAUAUCGACGUGAUUCUACAGAAUCAACAUCAUCGUUGUGGGAAAAAGUUUGUGAACGAUUCCCAUCAAAGAAACAAGGCGCCCCAUUUGCUAAUGAUGAAAAUAAUGAUUCACUUGAUGAUAAUCCAACAAUUGAUGAUGAUAAUGAUGAUGAGUAUGAAAGUGAAAGUGACACAUCGUCACCUACUCAGAAAAGUCCACCUAGUCUUAACAUAAAUCAAAAAUCUCAACCAUGGGAAACACCAACAAAACAAGACGAUUUAAUGAUUAUUCUAAAUGAUGACCAGAAUACUGACAAAAUUAAACGUAUUAUUAAAAACGAGUUUUCACGACAAGGUUUGCAAUGGACAGAUAAAGAAGAAGAUUUACGUCCAUGGCAUUUUGGAUUAACAUCAAUACGUAUUCACUUUACCCAAUCACAAAACAUUGACAUCUCGAGACUUUCUUUUUCUUCAUCUAUGCCUAUUUGGAUGUCAUUAAAAAAAGAAAAACAACAGUAUAAGUUAAAUAAGGAUAUGUGUAAAAAACCAAACCGCCAUAAUCUACAAUCAGAUUUUGCUGUUUCACUUCGUUAUGGUGCACUUAUUGACUUAAAUCAAUUUUUUUAUUCAAAAGAUCAUUCAUGGGAUAACAAUGCACGUUCAAAAUG